GCUGUUGUCUCCCACUGCCAGUGAGACGCUUGCUCUGCCCCAGAGUGUAAGCAGUGAGUUGCCAUAUAGAGACUCUUCAGCUCUUAAGUUUUAAACUCACCUAAACUGUGUGGAGCAAACCAUUCUACAGGAACCCAAGCGAGAGAGAGAGAGAGCGCUGAACCCCACUCCGCUGUCAUUACGCGCAAAUCACAUUAUUCAUGUGAAAAAAGACAGAGGGACGCUAUGUUUGGUAUUUGAUGCUUUCCUUAACACAAUCUAAGACAGGAGUUUUUUUUUUUACAUUUUGAGAAGAAAAGGAGACACGGUCUAAACCCUCCGUGUUGUUCAUUUCUGUGGAUAUAUAGCGGUUUUUGGACUCGGGAGCGCUCACGAGCUCAGCGCGAGACACGGAGAAGCUCCUCAAAGAAAAGCAGCACUGGACUUUGAAUCUGAAGAUUAGUAUUCUCUUGUGCUAUCAGCCUAUUGGUUUUAUUUUUGAUGGAUUUACCAGCGUAACUCAGACUUUCCCAAAAGUUGCUUAUUGGAUUUCCAAGGAUAAAUAACUCUGACACGGUGAGGGGAAAAAAGGACACAUGAGUGUCUCGAGGGCCACAAAGAUCCGAGGGCACUAAGAAUUCCGAACCUAUUCGGACCGGGCAAAGGGUACACGAAAAUAGGUUUGUGACUGCACUGAGGUUGCCAAUGCCUGGAGUCAGCAUUUGAAGCUGACCAGCUGUCUCCCACACUUACAAACAUUACCUCAGCAAGAUGUUGAGCAUCUUUAAGGUUUUCAUUACCAUCUGCUUAACGGAACUAGUGUUUUCAAGAAGCAUAACAUCCGGGGAAGUCCGGGCAAAAGAUAUCCGAGUUUCUCGACCGAUUCUUAUUCCUGGAUUUCCUGAGAAUGCUACUGUGUUGGUUGGAGGACAUGCAAAGCUGGUGUGUAAACUUCACCAGCCAGCCUCAACACGUCUCCAGUGGUUCAAGAAGGACAGCAAUCGCCUGGGGCCUGAUGGAUCACCACUUCUUACAACGCUUACGCCUCUUCUUGAGAACCUCUCCAAAGUCAACAUUCUUCCUUUAGUAAAUGUCUCUGUGGAAGAUGCUGGGGAGUAUGUAUGCAAGGCGGAAAACUCAGUUGGUCAAACUACUCGCUCUGCCUCGGUGGAAGUCUUAUCAGAAGUUGCUGAGGAGCCAACUGAGGAGACAUCAGAGCAUCUACUCCUAGAGCUUGGAGAUGUACUAAAACUCCGUUGUGAUACAAACCGUCCUGGAACUGUCCAGUGGUUCAAGGGUGGUGUACGGGUGCAACACAAUGCUCGUAUCCAGAUAAGGGCAGCAGUCAUGGAGAUUGCUGAUGUCACCUAUGAAGAUUCAGGAGUGUAUGUGUGUAUGCUGCGUGGUACCAAAGAAGCUCUACGCAAUUUCACUAUCACAGUGGCAGAUGCUGCAGGAUCAGGAGAUGACGAUGAGGACAAUGGCCUUGAUGAUGCUGGUCCUGAGACCGAAAAUGACCAGGUCUACAUCUCCAGAGCACCAUAUUGGACUCACACUCAAAAGAUGGAGAAGAAGCUCUACGCAGUCCCAGCUGGAAACACUGUCAAAUUCCGCUGCCCUGCCACAGGGAGCCCUCUUCCAACCAUUCGCUGGCUAAAGAAUGGCAGAGAAUUCAGAGGAGAGCACCGGAUUGGAGGCAUCAAGCUACGACAUCAGCACUGGAGCCUGGUCAUGGAAAGUGUGGUUCCCUCAGACCGUGGGAACUACAGUUGUGUGGUGGAGAACAAGUAUGGGUCCAUCGCUCACACCUACCUCUUGGACGUGUUGGAACGCUCUCCACACAGGCCCAUCCUUCAAGCUGGUUUACCCAAAAACACUACAGCUGUAGUGGGUGGAGAUGCCCAGUUCCUGUGUAAAGUCUACAGUGAUGCCCAGCCUCACAUCCAGUGGCUAAAACACAUAGAGAUGAAUGGCAGCCGCUAUGGGCAUGAUGGCAUUCCUUACGUGAAGAUUGUGAAGACAGGAAGCUUGAACAUGUCUGAAGUUGAAGUCCUAUAUCUUACCAAUAUCACAAUGGAGGAUGCAGGAGAAUACACCUGCUUGGCAGGAAACUCUAUAGGGUUCUCUCAUCAGUCUGCUUGGCUUACAGUCUUAUCAGAGGAGGAUGUGGCCAAGGAGAUGGACCUUAUGGAGGCCAAGUACACUGACAUCAUCAUCUAUGCUUCUGGUUUCCUUGCACUGGUGAUGGCCAUUGUCAUAGUGGUACUCUGCCGAAUGCAGGUUCAUCCCAGUCGGGAGCCUUUUGAUACUCUCCCAGUGCAGAAACUCUCCAAAUUUCCUCUACGCAGACAGUAUUCAGUGGAAUCCAAUUCUUCCGGAAAAUCAAGUGCUUCACUGAUGAGGGUGGCUCGUCUUUCCUCCAGUUGUUCCCCAAUGCUGGCUGGAGUUAUGGAGUUUGAACUGCCUUAUGACCCUGACUGGGAGUUUCCAAGAGAGAAUUUGACAUUAGGUAAACCACUUGGAGAGGGCUGCUUUGGUCAAGUGGUGAGAGCAGAGGCUUAUGGGAUAAACAAAGAGAAUCAAGAGCAAGUGACAACUGUAGCGGUUAAAAUGCUAAAAGACGAUGCAACCGAUAAAGACCUGGCAGACCUCAUCUCUGAGAUGGAGCUAAUGAAAGUGAUGGACAAGCACAAGAACAUCAUAAAUCUUCUUGGUGUUUGCACACAUGAUGGUCCACUUUAUGUGCUGGUUGAAUAUGCAUCUAAGGGUAGCCUACGGGAAUAUCUCAGAGCACGUCGACCUCCUGGCAUGGACUACACCUUUGAUGUGACCAAGGUUCCUGAAGAACAGCUCACCUUUAAAGACCUGGUUUCCUGUGCCUACCAAGUCGCAAGAGGCAUGGAGUACCUGGCCUCUAGAAGAUGCAUUCACAGAGAUUUAGCAGCAAGGAAUGUUCUUGUGACAGAGGACAAUGUCAUGAAAAUCGCAGAUUUUGGUUUGGCAAGAGGAGUGCAUCAGAUUGAUUACUACAAAAAAACCACUAAUGGACGUCUGCCAGUGAAAUGGAUGGCACCAGAAGCCUUGUUUGACAGAGUCUACACACACCAGAGUGAUGUUUGGUCUUUCGGAGUUUUGAUGUGGGAGAUUUUCACUUUGGGGGGAUCACCAUACCCUGGGAUACCAGUAGAGGAGCUUUUUAAGCUGCUGAAGGAAGGUCAUCGAAUGGACAAACCUUCCAACUGCACCCAUGAACUCUACAUGAAGAUGAGAGAGUGCUGGCAUGCAGUACCAACACAAAGACCAACAUUCAAACAGCUUGUGGAAGAGCUUGAUAGGGUGCUGGUGUCCAUUUCAGAUGAGUACCUGGACCUAUCCACCCCUUUCGAACAGUAUUCCCCAUCUUGUGAGGACACCUCCAGCUCUUGCUCUUCAGACAAUGAUUCAGUGUUUACCCAUGAUGCUAUGUCAACUGACCCAUGCCUCAUUGGCUACCACGACGUGCGCUCUCCGAUGGACCUGAAGACUACAAUGCGAUAGUCCUUUUUGGCUGAGGGCACAAGCUUGUGGACAUCAGAUGUUGCUAUGGAAACACUUGUAUGAAAAGUGGUACGAGGAUUUUCACCUUUGUUGCUCUGCCUAAGAACAUUAUAACAAUGCUUGGCACUAUGAAAUUUGGUGAUUGGUAGUUUUUACAGAGAAACAGGACUGAGUCUGGUCAUGAGCUUUUUAGUUUAAAGUUUUUAUUGAAUGGGUGCUGCUGUAUGUAGAAAGCUACAUUGGAGCAGCAUACAGGAGCGUUUUCAAACCAGA